AUGUCACCCCCAACCUUGCCUCCCAUAGGCGUAGAUGGCGUGUCUGCAUACCUGAUGAAAAAAAGACACACUCAUAGGAAGCAGCGGCGCAAACCCUCUUUUCUCACUCGCAAGAACAUCGUGGGCUGCCGCAUUCAACACGGCUGGAAGGAAGGGAACGAGCCUGUGGAGCAGUGGAAGGGCACUGUGCUUGAACAGGUUUCUGUGAAGCCCACUCUCUAUAUCAUCAAAUAUGAUUGCAAAGAUAGUGUGUGUGGACUAGAACUGCUUCUGGACAAAAGAGUUUUGGCGCUAGAAAUCCUUCCUGAAAAAGUGCCAACUCCACAUAUCGAUUCACGCUUGGCAGAUUCCUUGAUAGGCAAGGCAGUGGGACAUGUAUUUGAGGGGGAGAAAGGCACAAAAGAUGAAUGGAAAGGGAUGGUUCUGGCUCGAGCCCCUGUGAUGGACACUUGGUUUUAUAUCACCUAUGAAAAAGACCCUGUUCUCUAUAUGUACACACUGCUGGAUGACUACAAAGAUGGUGACCUGCACAUCAUCCCAGAUUCCAACUACUAUUUCCCUGUGGCAGAGAGGGAGCCAGGAGAGGUGGCAGACAGCCUUGUGGGCAAGCAGGUAGAACAUGCCAAAGAUGACGGGUCCAAGAGAACUGGAAUUUUCAUCCAUCAAGUAGUGGCCAAGCCAUCAGUCUACUUUAUUAAGUUUGAUGAUGAUAUUCAUAUUUAUGUCUAUGGUUUGGUGAAAACUCUGUAA